CUUUGACUGUCCCAGUUAUCAGAGCUUCAGCUCAUGAGCUUGGCCGAUCUCGAGUCCUUGGCAAUCCUCUUCGACGUCGCUUGCUCUUGGCCAUUACGACUGUCACCUAGCCAGGCCGCAAGCAAGUCAAAUCGACUGACUGCCCAGCGUUGCCGUGUCUACACGAACCAAACAGUCCCGCUUCUCAAGAGUCAUCAUCUGUGAUGGCCGGAGCACAUUCCACUAAACUCGUUUCCUAUCACUGUUCUUGGUCCUGGACAGCUAUUGCUGAAGCCGGGCUAGGGUUCGUCAAGGGCCGCUCUCACUAGACAACUCCUAGUCUUCCCGCCAUCGAGCUUCCAAUUACGUUGAAGGCAUGGCCGAUCACAGCGACCAAGUCACGCCAGGCAGCGUGGGCAGCGGGCACAGCAGACGACAAGCCGCCAUCCUCGACCGUUUCCUGCCGGAUGGCUACUCGGCCGACCCCGAGGCCAGCUUGGCGACGCAGCCUGCGGAGCAAUUGUCUCCCGCACAGUCACCGUUCGCACUACAGGAUCCGCCGGAGUUCGUGUCAACCGUUGCGUCUAGCAAUGAUGCGCUGGUCGAAGAUCAGACUCCUCCCAGUGGCGAGGCUGCCGAAUCGUCGUUGAAGCUUCAGGGGGGUGACAUUCACCGCGACAUGUACAAGAUCAAGGCCCGCGCCAACUCUCUCCGCCGGGCUGCCACCUUCUCCCACCAGCCGUCCCCCCGACUUCAUCCAGCCGACGAGCUUUCUUAUCCGGAGCAGCGGGAGCCCGGAGGUUUCCGCCGCCAGCAUUUGCAGUACCGCGCUCGGCAGCGCCGUCUUAGUGGGCCGCUCGUCGUGGCCAGGAACUUUGUCGAUUUUCUGGAGCUCUACGGCAGUUUCGCCGGUGAGGACCUAGAGGACGCCGAUACGUCCGAGGAUGAAUCUGCCAUAGACGAACGCGAGGACGACGGGGCCGGCGAGCGGCGCCCUCUUCUACCUCGCCCGUCAAUGGGCCAUCGCAGGAUCUCCCGGCGCCAAGGCCGAGCCGGAGAUGCCAGCACCAUCAAGACUUUCUUCACCCUUUUAAAGGCGUUUAUUGGCACAGGCAUCAUGUUUCUACCAAAGGCGUUUCGCAACGGCGGCAUACUUUUCUCAUCGCUUACGCUUGUUAUUGUCUCGCUCAUCAACUGUGUCUGUUUUCGUCUACUUCUUGAUUGUCGCCAGAAAUACGGUGGGGGAUACGGUGAGUUGGGCGCCGCAAUCAUCGGGCCUCGAUUCCGCGGCCUCGUCCUCGCCUCUAUCGCCCUGUCCCAGCUCGGCUUUGUCUGCGCAGGUCUCAUUUUCACCGCGGAAAACCUGUGGGCAUUUCUCGAUGCCGUGACCCCAGGCCGACACGGCUCAAGUUUGGGCGUGCCAGGCCUUAUUGCUCUCCAACUCGUGCCGCUCAUUCCCUUGGCACUCAUUCGCAACAUAUCUAAACUCGGUCCGGUGGCUCUGCUAGCAGACGUCUUUAUUCUGGUUGGCCUUGUCUACAUUUGGUAUUUUGAUAUCUGGACGCUGUCUCGAACUGGCAUGGAGCCCACUGUUCGUUUAUUCAACCCUUACGACUUCACAUUGACCAUCGGCUCAGCCAUCUUCACGUUCGAAGGCAUCGGACUUAUCCUGCCGAUCCAAUCGAGCAUGAAGAAGCCCCAGCACUUCGGUCCCCUCCUUUACUUUGUCAUGCUGCUCAUUACAAUCAUUUUCACAUCUGUCGGCGCCUUGUGCUACGCCACAUUCGGGGAACGGACCAAAAUUCAGGUUAUUUCGAAUUUCCCUCAAGAUUCAGCUCUGGUCAAUGCUGUGCAGUUUCUGUACUCGCUGGCUGUCCUUGGGGGGGAGCCAGUGCAGCUUUUCCCAGCUGUGCGCAUCAUUGAGACGUCUCUGUUUGGCGAGCGAGCAACUGGCAAGAAGAGCACCGCCAUCAAGUGGAAGAAAAAUGCCAUUCGGGCCGCGGUCAUGGCUCUUUGCGUCGCCAUUGGCAUGGUGGGCGCCACAGACCUGGACAAGUUUGUUGCUCUCAUUGGCAGCUUCGCCUGCGUCCCAUUGGUGUACAUAUACCCUGCAUACCUGCACUACAGGGGUGUUGCAGAGUCAAGCUCAGCCAAGGCUUUGGACGUGGCUUUGAUGGUGUUGGGCAUUAUAGCCAUGGUAUACACCACUGCGGUCACGAUGUUCCAGUGGAUAUCGAACUAGGGUAGAUACGGCAAUUGCAUACCCCUUGCUGGACGUCUUCUUCCCCCAUAUUGUAUGAACGUGUUUCAAAGCCGUCCAACAUCCGGGUUCCACUACCGCAUGUGACGAAUGAAUCGGCCGGACUCGAGUCGGACGGGCGACGGUUAUAAACGACUCGAGGCACCUUGAGGGAUAGAGUCAAGGGCUCGGCGAAAAACAAGGGGUAACGGAUAACCGCAAGUUCGGAAAGGGGUGGCGAGAGACUAGCCCAAAGCUGGGAGGACGGGAGAAUGGCGGAGCCAUCGUCGCCUUUCAUUCUACCGGAUAAGGGAAACCCGCGGUGGUGCAAAGGCUUGAGGUGAGCAGCUGACAAGACUACUAGCCGCUCUCCAAGUUCGGACGGCGCAAGCCGAAUUUGACUCCGACAUGGGGGAUGAAUGAGGAGCAAAACAAGGUGACGAUAGAUCAUGGGGCCUGCUCCGACAUCAACGGUCGCCGUGGGCCGGCGGUGCCUGCCUGGGAUUCCGUGAUGUGUCUUUCUUAGAUGCCUCGAGCGGAUUGCCCGAAGAAACGAAGAGGAUGCCCAACUUGAGUGCCAUGGCCAGACAUGCAUGGCCGACGACGCGUUGGGCCCACGACACGUCCAGGAGAUUUCCUACUUGGUACACAACAAAGACGGCUUGGACGGGCAAAGCCCUCCACAAUUCGCCAUUCCAGAACACCUCAACGGUCAGCGAAUAGGUAGGUGCGUGCUCGGUGCAGGCUGCAUGCCGGCGGUGUCGUGGUGUUGUUGACCGACUCGGACUUCUGCCCGCGUCCAAGCAAGUGGCAGGCACAGUAGUCUGCGGUCGAAGCCACAUUGGAGAACAGAUCUGCAUGCAGGAACAACAGGUGGUGGGUGGGGUAUAAAAAGAGGGACAGCGCUGUCCGUGAUGUCUGUCUGCAGAUGCAUACAGUAGGUAGGUACUUACCUAGGUACUACCAAGGUCCGUCGUCUCUCUCCCUUGGCUGGUCAGUGAGUGGCAGGGCCCUCUCCUCGUUGGCUUCGGAAAGGACGGCCGAGUGGAAGCGGGCGACGAGCCAGCCGGUGCCGCACCGACCGGAAUCCCCGUAAGGGUAUGGUCAUGGCCAGUGAGUCAAUAGCGGCGGCGACAUUGUACAGCGGAGACGGCGACAGAGGGACGAAGUGCUGAUGCAGGAACUGGCGUGCGAUCGUUCCAUGGUGCGUGCCCACCCGCUUGGAGGGAAGCUUGGGUGGGAGGGGUUCCGUGCCAAAGGAAAGCAGCCCUCGGUGCGGGGUUGCAGCAGCUCGGCGCCAUGGAUGCAUCCAGGCCGCGCGGUGUCCGGGCGGCCCGUGUUGGGUGUAGAAGGUAAGGUAGUACUACUAUAGAGGUACUGUACCUAACAGUGGUGGUAGUGGUUAAUUUUAGGCAUCGAGGCACUUCCGGAUGAAAAAAGAGAGGCGUCCCGUCUGCCAGGAUCCCCCGCUGGGUCCUGCCAGCGGCUGCCUUCGACCAUGUAGGUG